AUAUCCGUGUUCUCGGAGCCUGCUUUGGAGAAGAAAUUAUCAGAAUUGAGUAACUCCCAGCAGAGCGUGCAGACCCUUUCACUGUGGCUCAUCCACCACAGAAAACACUCCAAAACCAUCGUCAAAGUCUGGUAUAACGAGCUGAAGAAAGCCCAAGUGUCCCGUAAGCUGACCUUCCUGUAUCUUGCAAAUGAUGUCAUACAGAAUAGCAAGAGGAAAGGACCAGAGUUCACAGAAGAUUUUUCCCCAGUCAUUGUUGAUGCUUUUAAACAUGUCUCCAGUGAAGGAGACGAGAGCUGUAAGAAACAGUUAGGUAGAGUUUUGUCCAUCUGGCAGGAAAGAGCCGUCUAUGAGAAUGACAUACUGGUCAAACUCUCUGAUGUCCUGCAGGUAGAAAAGAAGGCCAAGAAAAGGCCUUAUGAAGAGAUUAAGGUGAACGAUGAUGACUUUGCCUCCCAAAGCUCCCCUGCUGAACCUCCACAGACUGCAGAUCUGAUCCGAGCACUACAGGAGCUUGAGAACGCAGCCUCCAGUGACGCAGCUCUCCGCCAGAGGAUCUCUGCUCUACCCCCAGAGGUGCAGGACACCUCCCUUUUGCACAAAGUUACAGAUAAAGAGUCAGGGGAGCGUCUUUCUCGGUUGGUGGAAGAGGCCUGCAUGCUUCUAGCUGACUACAGCGGGCGGUUGGCGGCAGAGAUUGAUGAUCGGCGGCAGCUCACACGCACGCUUGCCGUCUUUUUGCAGAGUCAGAGAGACGGCCUGGCCCAGAAUGAGCAGAAACUAGAAGAAUACAAGCGCAAAUUGGCCCGGGUGUCCCAGGUACGGAAGGAGCUGCGUUCUCGUCUCAGCAGUCUCCCAGACCUCUCUAGGCUCCCUAAUGUUUCAGGUGGCCACGUUCGCAUGCCCUCCUCCGGCGAUCUUUAUAGCCCCUCUGAUGCAUUGUACAUAAUCGACCAAGGAAGGCAAACUAAAACCAUGGUCAAAAAUGAUCCAGAAAAGAUCCGUUUUGCCUUGGACAACGGCGCAAAAAUGUACACCAUCACGUCGGAAAGUAUGUCCUCAGGUGAGAUGAAGGAUAGUAAGCACUGUCACGAUAACAGCCGUGCCAUGGAGGACCGAGAGCGUGAAAAAAAGCUUGCCAAGAAACGCUUAUACAUUGUUUCAGUAGUGUGUCUGGUCUUCAUGGUGGGCGAGAUCUUAGGUGGGUAUUUUGCUGGGAGUCUGGCAGUGAUGACAGAUGCCGCACACCUGCUUGUGGACCUCACCAGCUUCAUCAUCAGUUUGUGCUCGUUGUGGCUGUCGUCCAGACCUGCUACACGCACUCUCAAUUAUGGCUGGCAUCGAGCAGAAAUCUUGGGUGCUCUGCUAUCUGUCUUCACCAUUUGGCUGGUGACUGGUGUGCUGGUGUAUCUGGCAGUGGAACGGCUCAUUCAUGAUGACUUCACUAUUGAGGGCACAGUCAUGCUCAUUACUUCUGGCUGUGCUGUACUGGCCAACAUUAUAAUGGCCUUCACUCUGCAUCAGUCAGGUCAUGGCCAUAGUCACGGUGGUCUGAGCGGUGGCCACGGCCACAGUCACGACCAUAGGAAGAAAAACGGCCACAGCAAUUCUAACGCUAAUCAUUAUGACGUCGAGAAGCAUGGGUCUGGUAAAAGACAACAAGCUAAUGCUAGCGUCAGGGCAGCAUUUGUGCAUGUUAUUGGAGACCUUCUACAGAGUGUCAGUGUGCUUGUCAGUGCCCUCGUCAUCUUUUUUAAGCCCGAAUAUAAAAUUGCAGAUCCCAUCUGCACCUUCCUGUUUUCUCUAUCUGUCCUGGGAACCACACUCACCAUCAUGAGGGACAUUAUUAUUGUCUUAAUGGAAGGUACGCCGGCUGGUGUGAACUAUAAUGAGGUGAGGGAACGACUGCUCAGAGUAAAGGGUGUCAAAGCUGUGCACAACCUUCACAUCUGGGCCUUGACAAUGAACCAGGCUGUGCUCUCUGCUCAUGUGGCUAUAGAUGAUACCGUAGAGCCACAGGCGGUGUUGAGAGAAAUGACCCAGACCUGUUUCACCUCAUACAGUUUCCAUUCAGUAACCAUUCAACUGGAGCAUCAGGCGGACCAAAGGGCUGACUGUAGCCUCUGUCAAGACCCCACAAAGUGAAACAACCAGAGACUUUUAUAUCAAAGAAUGGCCCUGGUCCAAAGGGACAAAAGAUAAUAAUUUCACAAGUUUUAUUUUCAAAAUCAGGUCUUUUUGGAUUGCAGACACCUCUGUUCUUGUGUGUUUUUUCACUAAUUUGGAUUUAAAGGGAUGGUCACCCAAAAAUGAAAAUUCUGCCAUUAUUUUCUCACCUGUAUGAUUGCUCUUAUUUUUUAAAUUUACUCAUGAAAGUUGUUCGGACCCCAUUGUUCUUCUUUUGUGUUCUGUAAAAGAAAGUAAGUCAUACAGGUUUGGAACGGCAUGAAGGUGAGUUUAAAUACCUGAAUUUUUCAUUUUGGGUGAACUAUCCCUUUAAGAAGAAUUUGUUGUGAAUAGAUCUGUCAGGAAAAUAACUUGUUGAAAUGUGGCAAAUCUAAUUCACUGAGCCAGGUAAGAAGGUACUUUAGCAAUGAAAAUAAAUUUGAAUAGUCAUGCAAUAACAUUAUUUGUUCAGUCGAUUUACUUUUUUUCAUUCAUAUGUUUAUUUUUUGUAAUCAGCAAACAGGACUACUGUACUGGUGCAAUGUACUGUACUCUUUGAACCAUCCCUUAUUUAAAUGGAUAAUUACCACAAAUCAAAAGUACGUUCAUCUUCUUGCUGAUCUUAGGUUUGUUUAUUUGUUUCUUUUCAUUCUUUUUCGUUCUUAUUUCUGUAACGCUGAGAGAUCUUUUCAUUUCUUUUAUUACUACAGGACUGAUCAGUAAUUUUGUCCCAUUUCCAAUGUUAUGUUUUACACUCCUAGAGCAAAGACUGAAUAUUCAUAUUAUGGUAACACUUUACAAUAAGAUUCCAUUAGUUACAAGAGUUACUAACAAUAAGCAGUGCAGUUACAGUGUUCAUUAAUAUUUGUUAUAGCUAAAAAUGAAUAUUUGUUAUUUGUUAAAAAACACAACUGAUCAUUGUAAG